UCUCGGUGUGCUGCGGGCCGGCUCGGGGACUUCUUUCGGUACUGAACUGACUACUGAAAGUCAAAAGUCAGAAAAGGCAUACACAGCUCAGGCAGAUGACAAGACAGUCCCUGGUACUCCUACAGAUGUUAAUGCCAGAGCCUUAUUGGCUUGCAGUGGACCUUUAGAACAUUAUGACUUUCUGAUUAAGCAAGAAGAGCUGAGAAAUGAUGAGCAACAAAGAAGAGUUGUGCAGCACUUGCAGAAGUUGCACGAGAGCCUUAAAGGCUACAGCAUCAGUUCAAAAAAUCUUUUCUCAAAGCUCUUUGCAAAAAACAAACCUCCAAAAGGUCUUUAUGUCUAUGGAGAUGUUGGCACAGGAAAGACAAUGGUGAUGGACAUGUUCUAUUCUCACUUAGAAGUAGAAAGGAAAAAGAGAGUCCAUUUUCAUGGCUUCAUGCUAGAUGUACACCAAAGAAUACAUCGCCUUAAGCAGAGCUUGCCAAAAAGAAAGGCGGGAUUUAUGGCCAAAUCAUAUGACCCAAUUGCUCCAGUAGCAGAGGAAAUAAGCGAAGAGGCUGCUCUCUUAUGUUUUGAUGAAUUUCAGGUCACUGACAUUGCUGAUGCCAUGAUUCUGAAGCAGCUUUUUGAAAAUCUGUUCCAAAAUGGGGUUGUCGUUGUGGCAACAUCUAACAGGCCGCCAGAAGAUCUCUAUAAAAAUGGUCUUCAGAGAGCUAAUUUUGUACCAUUCAUUGCUGUGCUGAAGGUGGUAGAUUACUGGGGACAAGUGACUGCUGAAUGCCUGCAGUGGGAGGUGCAAUUGAAAUACUGCAGCACAGUCCAGCUUGAUUCUGGAAUAGACUACAGGAAACGAGUGCUUCCUGCUGCUGGAAAACUCUACUACCUCACAAGUGAAGCUGAUGUGGAGGCUGUCAUGGAUAAGUUGUUUGAUGAGCUGGCUCAGAAACAAAAUGAUUUAACUAGACCAAGGAUUCUAAAAGUGCAAGGCAGAGAGCUGAGGCUGAAUAAAGCGUGUGGAACCAUUGCAGACUGCACGUUUGAAGAGCUGUGUGACAGACCUCUUGGGGCCAGUGACUAUUUGGAGAUAUCAAAGCAUUUUGACACGGCCUUUGUUCGUGACAUACCACUUCUUACAAUGGCAAAAAGGACACAAGCUCGUCGUUUCAUUACUCUUAUUGAUACCUUUUAUGAGCAUAAGGUGCGUAUUAUUUGUUCUGCAGUGACUCCUCUCCAAAGCUUGUUCCUGGUAGAACAUGACAGUGGUGAGCUAGAGGACCACAGAGUGUUGAUGGAUGAUUUGGACUUAAGCCAGGAUUCUGCCAAAGGACUCUCCAUGUUUACAGGGGAAGAGGAAAUCUUUGCCUUUCAGCGUACCAUCUCACGGCUUACAGAAAUGCAAACGGAACAGUACUGGAAAGAUGGGGACAGAAGCAAAAAACCAUUAUAAUUACAGGUUGAAUAAAAUCACCAAGAAGUAAAACUACAGAAUUGGAAAGCUUUUUAGCACAACUGAAAUAAUAAUUGCACUUUAUCAUCUGGACCAUGUUUUCUUUCAUCGGUUGUUUUUUGUGCUUAAGGCAUGAGGACUUGGUUAUUGUUCCGUACCACCGUGUGUGGACGUGUGAAAUUUUGCUGUAAUUUUCUUUUCUGUAAAAUACAACUUUGAUGUUCAGGAAGUUUAAUGGGAUUAGAAUUUUUCUGGAGAACUGGUCUAGAGACAAAGUUAAUGGGCCAUGCAGGGUUCACAGUAGAUUUAUAACGGCACGCAAAGAGGGCACUUUGUGGUUUAUGCGCUGCUUCUGUCAUGUACGAUGCAGUUUGCACAAAAAAAAAAAUCAAAUGCUUUCUUUAUGAAACUCCGGAUAUUGUAUAGGUCCCUGCUAGAAUCCUGGAACUCCUCUGUAGUGUAUUCUGGUUUGGUUGUGGUUUUUUUUUUCCCCUAUUUUCUGUGUAGCUGCUUGCUGAUUUUCAGGCUCUAAGAGUUUCUUGUAAUCACGCUGUUGCCCAGUCUGGUUCAUUGAAAACUAACAGUUUGAGCCACGAGAAGCCUGAGAAGUUGCUGGAAGGUACUUGAAGCCACACAGGCUUAAGAUCUGAGUAAUCAUGGAUGGGAAAAGAAACUAUGAUAAGACAGGGUAUACCGUAACAUUUAAGUGCAAGUUAAUACUCUUUCUAAAUUUUGUGGUUCUUGCAAGCCUGGAUAUGCUGCCUCUACACCAGUGACAUCUCUCUACCCUGGAUUUUCUCAGGCUUCAUCUGCCCCAAACCUCCAUUGCUGCUAGCGCACCUGCUCUGGUCUGGGGAGAGCAGUCACUACACAGAACUGCUGAGGCAGUUCAUCGUGUUACCAUCGUACUGCAUUUUAUGGAAAAGAUGGGGUAUUAACUGAUUCCCCAAAACACAUCACCCAUCCUUGCUGUCGUGGUUUAACCCGGCUGGCAACUAAGCACCACGCAGCCUCUCGCUCACUCCCCCUCCCUCAGUGG